UUGCAGCCAGGCCACAGACUGGAAAAAUACCCAGUGAAGGCAUUCAAGAUUAUUCUAGCUAGCAGGCAACAGUUGCAUCACAGCCAGGAUAUUUUUUUAUGUAACUCCGGAGUCCUUCUGCACCCACCCCACCCUGCAGCUUCCAUUUGUGCAUGGAGUACUGCAACCCCCAAGUUAAAAUACAGGAGCUCAGCAUCAUGGGAGGAAAUUUUGAGAGGAGGGGUCUUUCUUGCUCUCCAAGGGUUGCUGUCCUUGGGAGGGGGAUUCGGAUUAGGCGUCAUCAAACUGGAUAGCCCGAGCUCUCGCUUUCUUUAGUUUUGUUGCCACGGCCAGUAGAGUUGCAUCCAUUCAUCGGCCCUCGCCAAGAUGCCUUUGUCCAGGCUGUGUCCAACCCGACCCGGACGUCACCUGACAGUCUCAUGUUGUUUUGUGAAUUUAGUUCAGUGCUAUUCUUAGCAGCGCUCGCUCCAGUGAGACAGAGGGCAAGCGCAGGGCCAAGGAAGAGCGAGGAGAGACACUGGCAGAUCCACAAUGAUGCCCAGCUGGCCCUCCCCCGAGCUGGAGCCCGGUCAGAUCCGCCUCAUCGUCUACCAGGACUGUGAGAGGCGAGGCCGAAAUGUCCUUUUCGACUCCAACGCAAAGAAGAAGAGUGCAGAAGAUGCCUCCGUUACGAAGACGUGCAGCGAGACGCAGGCUAAAAUGUUCGGGAAGUGCUGUCAGCUGAGGCCAACGGGGGGCAGCUCAAGCUCCCUGGACAGUAGCUCUUCCUGUGCAUCGGAGCCCAGAGAACACAACAGAUUUCAGGGUGUGCCACGCUGCUCCUCAGAUGCCAACAUGCUGGGGGAGAUGAUGUUUGGCUCUGUUGCGAUGAGCUACAAAGGCUCCACACUGAAAAUCCAUCAGAUCCGAUCCCCCCCACAGCUAAUGCUGAGCAAAGUGUUUACCGCACGGACAGGGAGCAGCGUCUAUGGCAGUCUCAACACGCUGCAAGACAGUUUGGAGUUUAUCAGUCAAGACUCCAACACACUCAGGCCAGACCAGAGCACUGUGGUCAACGGCUUCCUGGGGAACAUAGGUUUCUCUCAACUCUGCAGCCCUCGCCGGGCCUUCUCUGAACAGGGCCCACUCCGUCUCAUCAAGAGUGCCUCUUUCUUUUCAGGCCAUAGUAAUCCCAUGGACAUGCCUGGCCGAGGACUGUACGACGAGAGAGACAGCGGGAUUGCUCGAUCAGCAUCUCUGAGCAGUCUGCUGAUCACACCGUUCCCAUCUCCGGGCUCUUCCCUCACCAGUAGUUGUGCCAGUAGCUACCAGCGGCGCUGGUUACGCAGCCAGACCACAAGCUUGGAGAAUGGAGUCUUUCCCCGAUGGUCUGUGGAAGAGAGUUUUAACAUGUCUGAUGAGAACGGCGGGCCAAGUCUUGGUGUAGCAAGGAAGAAGAAGAUAGCCAUUGGCGUCAUCUUCCUUCUGUCAUCCAACGAAGAAGAGAACAGCAAGUUCCAGGACUUUUUCUUCUCGCAUUUUCCUCUCUUUGAGAGCCACAUGAACAAACUCAAAAGUGCCAUUGAACAGGCAAUGAAGAUGAGCCGACGGUCGGCUGAUGUCAGUCAGAGGGUCUUGGCUCACAGUCGCAUAGUGGACGGUCUCAAUGAAUUCAGGACGACCAUCUGCAACCUGUACACCAUGCCCCGCGUGACCGAGCCUGUCUGGCUCACCAUGAUGUCCAGUGCCACCGAGAAGAACCAGCUCUGUGGCCACUUCAUGCGUGAACUUGCCUUGCUCAUGGAACAAGCCUCCAAGAACCAGUUUCUUCCAGCUCUUCUCACAGCGAUCCUCACUAACCAUCUGGCCUGGGUGCCUACAGUCAUGCCCAAUGGACAGCCACCCAUUAAGAUCUUCCUGGAGAAGCAUUCCUCUCAGAGUGUGGACAUGUUGGCCAAGACGCAUCCCUACAACCCUCUUUGGGCUCAGCUCGGUGACCUGUAUGGUGCAAUCGGUUCCCCUGUGCGUCUGUCACGCACAGUGGUGGUGGGCCGGCGGCAAGAACUGGUGCAGCGACUCCUCUACGUGCUCACCUACUUCAUCCGGUGUUCUGAACUGCUGGAGACCCAUCUCUUGGAGAGCGCUGAAGAUGAAGCCAUCGUCAUGCCUGGCUCUCUCAUCACCACUUCUCUACGCCGUGGUGAGGUGGAGGAAUCAGACUACGUGUUGGUCACCAUGCACAAACCCAACCACGACUACCUGUCCCAGGGUGCUGAGGCAGGGGACUGCUACCCCUCAGAGAGCAACAGCCUGCAGAGCAGCACUUACACAGACAAUGAAAUGGGCCUUGGAGCUCCAGAAGAUCAACUGCCUGAGCAGCAGCUACUUCAUGUCAUACCAGUUAUCAAGGCAGAGGAUCAUAGUGAUGGUAUGACAUGCCGAGAGGUGAGCAGCCUACGGCCGGAAGCACGGCUUGAGACUAUGGUGAAAGUGGGUUCCACCUCUCCUAGGGAGAGCGGCCCCCUGCUGGACAUACAAGGACAAUCUGAGAAGUGUGAUUCUGAUAAAGAUGUUAGUGGCUCGUCUAUAAAGAUAUUUCGGUCAUCAGGGAUCCCACUGGAGAAGAAGCCACCUGACAAGAGCUUGGCACCGACCUCUUAUCUGUUGGAUGAGGGAGAGGAGCCUGCUGCCAAAGUCACCUUCCUCAUCGGUGAUUCUAUGUCCCCUGAAUCUGACAUGGAGAGCAGACAAGGGAAGGUGAUGGAGGAGUUUAAUAAGCACAGAAUGCACUUCAAAGAGGAACAGCAAUGUAAUGGUGUGCAGCAGGACAAAGCCAAAGGCCUGUUGCCUAAGCCUCUGUCAGCGGACCAAAUCAAGACCAACGAGAGCAAGGAAGCCAAACAUUUGGCACGUGUUGCUAGCGAUAUUCCUCACAUUAGCUCUGGGGCCCAAGAGGAAUGUAUGGACUUGUUUGAUGAAUAUUUUAGUGAUGAUAACCCAGUGGAGACGAGGACUAUUGAUGAUGUCUCCCAUAUGCUGUCUGAGAUAGCAACAAGCAAUGUGAACAAACCCUGCCAAGAUCCACAAGGGUCUCGGAUAGGCUCACUGCUUGGGACACAUGAACAGGUUUGUGAGCAGAGAGAGGGGGACCGUUGCAAGUGUAGCACAAGCAACACCACCAUAGGCUGCUGUACGACCUGCUGUUCUGCAGAGCAGGACAAAGGUAUUGGAAUUUUGCUAAACGUACCAUCCCAAAGAGAGAUGGGGGACCAAAAGAAGGUAGCCCCAUUGAACGAUUGGGAGAUUCCACGAAAUGAGAGCUCAGACAGUGCCCUGGGAGACAGUGAAAGUGAGGACGCAGGGCAGGAACUUCCCCGUCAAGACGGACAGUUCUUCAGUGAGGAGCAAGCUGACUGGCAAGAUGAGCUGGAAGUGCCCUUCCCUGGGGCUAAGCUAGUGGAAAAUUAUUCCAAACCAAGUAUUGCCAACUUUGGGAGAUCCUUGUUUGGAGGAUACUGUCCCACUUAUGUCCCUGACUUUGUUCUGCAUGGAAUACCCAAUGAAGACAAGCUGAGGCAGAGUCUUGUGUCUGAUUUGUCUCAUGCUGUUCAGCAUCCUGUGUUGGAUGAGCCUAUCGCCGAGGCCGUCUGCAUUAUCGCAGACACGGACAGGUGGACGGUGCAGGUGGCAAGCAGUCAGAGACGAGCCACUGAAAACAAGCUAGGCAAAGAAGUGCUUGUGUCCAAUCUUGUAUCCAACCUGCUGCAGUCCACCUACCAGCUGUACCGUCUCAACCUUUCCCCUAAUUUUUGCAUAAUGCAUCUGGAGGACCGGCUCCAGGAGCUGUACUUCAAGAGUAAAAUGCUUGCUGAAUACCUGAAAGGACAGACAAGGGUGCACGUCAAAGAGUUGGGCAUGGUUCUAGGGAUCGAAUCCAGUGACCUGCCACUGUUGGCUGCCAUUGCAAGCACACACUCGCCGUACGUGGCCCAGAUCUUGCUUUAGGUGACAUUAGAAGUGAUACGGACACAUCUUCACUGCUCCACCUGCAGGGACCAUAGAGUCCAUGCUUAAAAGGCCUGGACUAUCCAUGGCUGGAGCACCUUGAAGCUUCAGAAACCCUUUGGGGUUCACAGCCAGAGCUAAUCCUCAGCAACUGCCUAUGGGAAUGACAGGCUGCAGGAUAGACUCCCUACCACAAGGUGGCACCAGAGCUUGCCGUUUCUGUUCUGAAGUUUGGGAGGCAGUAUUGGAUUACCCAGGAACUCACUGAAGUGGGGAAUAUGUGACUUAAUUUUUUAAAGAAACACUUGUAUAAGUGGACUUUGACUGUAUUUUUAUAUACAUAUAUAUUUUAGCUCUUUCCUCCUGCAAGAACAAGUAACCCCAAGAGGAAAUGCAGGUGACUUUUAUGGGGGGAGAUAAGGUUGAAAUUGACAUCAGUGCACCAUCUGUAGGAAGCCAUGGCUUUUUCAUGUGGAUUACUGAUAUGAUCAACUGUAUUGUUUUUGUUUUUUUCUUUUCUUUUAAUGAAUGUCCCUUUAAAAUAUCAAAAAUACUCAUGCCAAUACUUUUCAAGUAAUUUUUCUACCUGUUUACACCAUACUUAUCCAGUUGUCUCGCUGAAAUCGAAUGGCAGACAAUGAGUUGGGGAGAAACUGUUGACCGUUUCGCUCUCUUAAAUGUCUUUGCUAUCACUGUCCCAUUGGCACAGGGCUACCUCAAACAAAUAAUUGUGGGUGAUUUUGCAUAGAUUACCUGGCUAAGAGAAUUUUAAAGGGAAAGCUGACUUUGUUUCUUCGUUCGGUCGGCCAAGAUCAGGAAAACAAAACGCUGUGCUUUGCUGAAAGGGACACUCGUACCGCAACAUGACUUCAAAACUGAAAGUGCUGAAAAUGCACGCAAGGAACUUUCUACAGCUUACAGGCUACCAUGCUGUGUUUACUGCUCAAAUGCAUGAGGAGGAAUUAUAAAUCAAAGUUUUUUCCGAUCAUGCUGUGCUUAAAUAGUCAAAAUAAGACCCCACAAAUGAAUUAUAAAAAUGAACAAAGGUAUCGAACAAACUUUUUUACUCCUUUUUAAUCACAUUGAAUAGGCCUGUUGUGUCCGAUUUAUUUUUUCUCUCGUCUUGGGGUAAUGUCGUGCAUCUGAGUCUUAAUGGACAUGUGGCAUGAAAAGAUCAGAGGCUUCGCACAGUUUAUUUUGCUGGUUAAAAUAGCAAAUGAGAUGCUAGGCUUCUGCAGGAAAACAUGCAACUUGUUUCAUUUUGUUAGAAAACCCUUACGCAUUGUCUUCUCAAUUGUAUUUAUAUCUAAUUAUUCCUUUGUACGUGAUCACAGUUAAAUUAUUUAGUACAGCAUGUGUUGGUUCAUGUAAAUUGUAUAUAUUGCUUAGGCUUUUUUUCUGUGUAUUUGUACAUAUCUUUCAUUGUGACUUUCUCCCUUUUAUUCUUUCCCAAUUUUCUGGGAAUAUUGUGCAAUAAAUCAAGUCAAUGUUAUACAUUUA